GCUGUUUUACGUGAGGGUGGUGCAAGGAGAUGACAAUGGCAUUAACGGGCAUCAGGAGGCUGGUUGUAGUCACAGUGUUUUGCGUCUUCGGCACAACGGGUUUUAUCUCAAGAAAACAACCCGCAACAUUCGUAACCAUACCACCGACGACAGACAGAGCGAGACUGACAUCGGUUCUACCAUUGGGCACAUCAACCGGUGCAACUACGAAUACAACCACGGAACGACCUGAUGGCCUCUUAAACAAGUACAACAUCACCGCGGCGGCGUCAGCGUCAGCGUCAGCAUCGGCAUCGGCGUCAGCAUCGGCAUUGGCAUCGGCUUCGGCGGCGUUACUAACACAUCCGCCGCCACUGCGACAACCAGUGCCCGAACCCCUGACUGUAUCAGAGCCAACGCCGGAACCCAGUGGAAACACAUCAGUAUCAAAUCAGACAGAUCCCCUGUACCCGCAACAAUCUAGGGGUCAUCAUGUCGAAACUCCUCAGAGACUUACAACAAGAAGCGGCGUUGGACAAAACACUGUGUCUGGACAGCCAGGGGCCACCUCGACAACAUCACUCACAAGUACAUCACAAACCCAAAGUGUUACGCUUCAAGCACAGCUAGCACCAUCACAACUACCCAUGGGACAGCCUAUCGAAGCAGCAGCUAGAUCUAGCUUGCACCAGGCCACAAGGACUUCACCUGCAGUUACAGUCAUUCCAUACCCUUGUGAUGGCUACAACUGUCCGGCAGACAAACCUCAUUGUGUUCUGGUUCGUCAGCAGUGUAAAGCUCUCCGGUGUCCAGCUGUCCCAACCUGUUCAGCUGUACCACCAGUGACAGUUCAGUGUCUGAUUGGGCACCCUGUAUAUGAUGACAUCUUCAACCCCUCAACGUGUGGACCGCGAGGCGACUACAACUGUCCCACCCACUCGGACUGUGACGAGACAUCUGGCUUCGCGACUUGCUGUUGGACAGGAAGACACGGAGCAUAUCCCGCCACAUCUAAGCUGGAACCUACCAGUUACCUCCUUUCGGCUCCAAACCCUGGUGCACAGAAGUCAGGUGAAUGUCCGCGAUCCUUCCAACAAAGUCCUUGCAUCAACGCCUGUAACAACGACAGUAGCUGUGCUGGACUACAGAUAUGCUGCAGUAAUGGUUGUGGCACAACUUGUGUCGACCCAGUAGCAUCCGCUCCAGAAGUAGCAGGUGCUUGUCCUGUUUUAGGCAGAGGAGAUUCCUGUCCAAGCAGCACUUCAUGCAAUUCAGAUAGUCAGUGCUCUUCCGGGUCUCAGUGCUGCUUUCUAUCAAGGACAUGUAGGGUAUGUGUCAAUAUUGUAGUGGGAGGGUCACAUGCGUCUGGUAAGGAGUUGUUUCCUUCCAAUGAUCAAAGGUUUAAGGUUGGUAAUUCAAAAGGCGCUAAUUCCAUACACAGUAACCAUGUUAAUGAAGCCAAUGCAGCAUAUAAUAUUUUAAGAGCGCCCUUUCCUGGUGGAACAUACGUGGGGCAAGCAUCCAAUCAUCAGAACAAUGUUGUCCUAAAUGCUGGUGUGAGCAGUCAGGGGUCAGUUGGUAUCACUGGAUCUACAAUUGAUACAGUUUCUGGUGUUAGCUCAAAGGCACCGCAGGGUCUUAACACUGGACCAGUAGAGCCAACAAAUGUUCAGGGGGGAAACAUCCCUGUCAGCAAUCUGGGGACGGUUGUCCCUCCACAGCAGUCUGGUCCUGGUGUGGGAGACUUAGGUCGUAUACAGCCUGGAGAUAUUAUAGUUGACAUAUUAAACCAUGGGGCUAAUGGAUCUCAUGCGGUUAUAUCAGGUGUGACAAAAGGUGGUAUUGUUCACCUGGGUCGACAUCGCAUUGGGAGAGUUGGUGGUUCUGCAGGAGGGAAUGGAACAGCUGCUUCUCAGGAUGCUCUUCAUCCCCAGAACAAUUUGGGAACUUCCACGGAGAAUAAUCCACAAACGUUGCUUGGAAAUGUCAUCGGAAAUGUCAUCGGAAAUGGUCCUAACAAUCCUGUUAAAACAAAUAUGGAUACAAUUGCAGUUGGAAAUUUUGCAGAGAGCAUAUCAGGUGCUCCGUUGGGUGGGAACGUGGGUCAUACACCCCCUACACCCACAAGCGUCACAAAUCAUUUGUCCAGGUCGGUAGCAGAUUCCAAUGCUUAUAUCAAUGCUGGAGGCACAGGACCUUCUUUUUCCAAUUUGGAUGCUGCAGCUGGCACUGGUCGUUCUUUAGCAGCCAAUAGUGCAUCUUCUGCAACAUUGAAUAUUGGUACUGAUGUAACCGCUGCGGCAAGUAGUAGUGCUACUGCAAAUGUCGCUGGUACAGGUAACACUGGUGGAGCUACUAAUGGCACUUCAGGUAGCACCAUUUCAGCGCAGGGUGCCUCUAGCCAAUCUUCAGUUAUAGAUAGGGCAACACCAGUUCCCCUUGACACUGUGAUUAAUGCGCAAGAAUCUGGAAAUAUAAACCUGAACAAUGUAAAUUCUGGUUCCAGUGGUAAUGUUAUAGGGGACAUUACUUUUGAAGGGACCAUUAAUGCUAGCAACACUUCAGUCGCCAUAUCUAACCCCACACUCCCUCCUGCUUUGGAUGCUGGCCCGCUGGGGACAAGUUACACUCUGAGCGACCCAAGUGUCAGCUCUGGUGGUACAGGAACUACUGGGUUUGUAGGAGAUAUUGUUUCUGGGGCAGCAGUAAGUGGUGGCAGUGCUGAGCAUAACGUAGGUCUGUCAUCAAAUAUUGGGGGUGUCAGUUCCAAGAGUGUAGGAACUGUUAUCGAUGCAUCCGGGAAUAAUGGCAUUGGUAUUCUUAAUGGUCAAAUUGUCAAUCCUGGUGGUAAUUCAGGAAUGCCUUUGAUUGGAAACGCCCUUCCUGGCAUCUCAAAUGUAGACACAGGGUUAUCACCAAAUGUCUUUGAGACCCAUCCAAUAACUUCGGGAACUAUUGUUGACCAAGGAAUUACUGGUAAUGGCAACGCUGUCAGUAUUGGCACUGGGGAUUUGGGAAAUAUCGUUAGUGCAACUAGCCAGUCUGCCAUUUUACCGAAUGGUAUCCCUGAUCAACAGGGACGUUUGUCUCAAUCAGUUCUGGAUAGCCCUUUAGCUGUUACUGAUGUCUUAGGUAGCAAUGGAUUUGUAGGAGCAAAUGCUAUUGGUGGAGUCAACGGUGGUAGUGCAGUAGGUUCUUUAGGUAUUGAUAACAUACAUUCUGGUGUUUUAGGAACACCAACUUACCAGCAAGGAGGCUCUAGUAACAGUCUCAUCGGUACCCUGACUGGUGGUACUGGUGCUAAUGGAUUAGCAGGAAACGGAGCUUUGAGCGGAGCAAUCAGCGGUACAACUGGUGCCAUUUCAGAACCUGGCUUCUCUGGCCCUCCUUCAAAUGUUGCACAGCUUGGUGCAAUAGGUACUGGUGUUGGUCCAACGGGAAGCCAUGGUAAUAACCCAAAUAAUCACAUGAGUGUAGUUGGGGUGGGAGCAGUCAGUGAUGCUAGAGCAACGGCAUCAUCUGCAGGUGUCUCUGGGAAUGCUAAUGCGAGAGUUAGCAGUGGGAAGGCUCGUGCCAAUGGGCUGCAGAAUAUAAAUACAGGUACUGUCGGCGGGUCUGGAUCUCUUCUCAGCAAUGGCAUUACACCAUCACCAUCUGGAUCCAGUGGAUUGUUCCAAACAGCCCGGCGUGGUUCACUGAGACAAAGUCAACCGAGGUUUCACGUCGUGGUGUUCAUUCGAGACAAGAAGUCAAAAUAA